AGUGAGUUACGACCACCAGAUUGUGCAGUUGUUUUCGUGCGACUGCGCUGGCCGACGGGCUUGGCAUCUGACGAGAGGAUCAGCACUGUGCACCUAAAGCUUUCGUCGGCCUCCAAAGAGGUAUUCGAUGCAAGUGGGAAGUAUCCGACGGGCGUGCUGCAAAUUUCACGCGCUGACCUUGGCGCUUUCGACGAGUGUCUGGAGACGGUGGUGAGCGACAGCUCUGGGAAUGUAGUCUCAAAUGGCCAGUACUGCAACCUCGAGUUUACAAUAAAGAAGGGCUACAUCGGAGAAAAAGAGCUGGAAUAUUUUGAAUCCAUUUUCCAUCGAAAGGCUUAUGAAUACAGAGCGUUAUUUACGGAGACUGAACUACCAUUUCUUCGCAUGGGGCUAUGCUUUCUCAAUGACUGCACACAGAGUGACUUACAAUCGCUAGUGGACACAUUGAAGCCUUCUUCAGUGGAGAUUCGAGUGGAAAACUGCGUAACUGCACAACCUGAGCCAUGGAGUACAAGGCAAAUAGCAAUUGUAGCAUUCCUGACUGUUCUAGUUACUGUAAUAGCCGGGGCCACUGCUGUCGACCUUUACAUGGGUUCGAAGCCGAAAGCUGCGCAGAAAGGUGGUAUCCUACUAAGGGUCAUCGUGGCAUUCUCGGCUGCGACCAACACGCGUUCAUUGUUCCAUGUGGCCGACAGGACCAACCCAGACCAAUACUCCCUGAGCUUCUUACACGGCAUACGUUCCAUCUGCGUGGGACACAUUGUUCUCGGUCAUUGCUACCAGGCACUAUCCCAUACUUGGGGACGCCUGCUAAACCUUAUGAUCGCUAUCGAACAAUGGGGAAUACACAUAGUCACCUCGGCAUUCGACAGCGUUGACACUUUCUUCUUUCUCAGUGGAUUUUUGCUGUGCCUUGCUAUCACAAAGCAAAAGAGGAGUGGACCCCUCGUAUUUCUAAUUGCAGUGAUUCGAAGGCUCAUCAGUUCAGAAUUCCAAGACCAACUUUGGGCCGUCCAGCGAGCCAAGGAAGCCGCACGGGAGCAGCAGCUCCCAGUGGCCAUCUAG